CAGCAUUUUGGCCGUUCAAACCUCAAAGUGGACAAAACAGCGGCACGGCUCGAGCUCAUAGGUGAAAAAAUAAAAUGGCCUGCCUAAACAGUAGGCUGGAAGACUUACCAGACAGAGCUCUUUGUUUGGGUAAAUGAUAAUAGUUUCUAAUCUAUGGAAAUCGAUGAACAAACACAGCAAACUCGCGAACGAGCCUUGCACCUUGCAGCCGAAGUAGCUGAGACGGAUGACAGUAAUGUCCCUGUUUUACUGUUGCAAUUAAAAGACAUCCUUGACUUGGCACCUCCAAGAAGCAGCCUUGGAGAACUUCUCAGGAAAGAUCUGUGGACAUAUGAUGUUAUUCAUGUUUGCAACCUAGCUUUGAAGCAAGACUUUGCCUCAAUCGUGGGAGGAUGGGACACUGCAACCCAGUUGGGAGCCAUUUUAUGUCAGAGCUGUGUGGGUCUCAACUUUCCAGAGAUGGCAGAGUAUGAGGACAAAUUUCUCCCUGAUGUUGUAGAGAAUAUGUUGUCUUUGGCUGCAAAGUUGCUUGACUUUAUUGUCAAAGCUAGAGUGAUGACUGAGAAACAGAAACUAUUUCAAAAUUUUAGGACAACACUGAAUUCCUUGGAGUGGCUGUACAGUUUUCAUGUUUCCCUCACUUUCAAUGUGCUGCAAUCCAAGCGCUUUGUACAGAUUCUAAUGUCUGAAGAAGUUGAUGCAUCCCUCUUUAUUUUGAUGAUUGUGGAGAAUAUUUUUAAAAUGAAGAGGGUGUUGAUGGGAAAACUUGAGCCGAAUGUCCUGCACAGCAUUUUGGAUGAAACUGUUUUCAAGAUAUCAGCUUCUGAAGAAUCUUCAGUUGCAAGGGCAUCAAUUCGCCUCAUUUUGACAGCAACAGAUGUUCACCCACCAAUCCUUGAAGUUUUGCUCUCGAAAAGAUACAGGGGUUUGAAGGCGUAUCUCAGCAAGUGGAAGGCGAGAGGGUUUGACCAUGAUGUGAAGAGACUUGUGUCUUUAUUAGAGGCUGGUUCGAUUGCUCAGGCUGAGCAAAUGAGACUCUCUCGCGCCGCCACGGCUAUCCAAGCAUUUUACCGCGGUUCCAAACAGCGUCAGCGCCUCAAACAAGCCGAGUUGGGAAUCAUCUUACUUCAGCGAAAAUUCAGACAGCGCCGUUUGGACAAGGAGCGAUAAAAAGAGAAGGGAAAGCGGCGCCAAGAACGCAAAUUGGCUCAGGAGCAGAAAAGAAUCAAUGAGUUCAGAUCUUCGAUGCAAAAACAGUUAAAGAUGUUGGAAAGCGUACCUGCCAGAGAAGUGAACUUGUUUAUGGAAGAAAAUCAAGUGAAGGCAGCUAGUAAAAUACAAGCGGCGUUUCGUGGGAUGUUGGCGCGGAAGAAAUAUAGUGAACGGAGCGAGGAAGUUACGCGAGAGAGAGCAGCGGUUACCAUCCAGCGACAGUUUCGCCGAUAUCAACAGCAUAAAGCAGAUCGUAAAACUCCAUAUCCUGUUGUGCCUGGUUUGACCGACGCAAGACGCGCCGAACUCCAGAACAUGAUCGCCGAACGUCGACAGAGGUUCCCUGCGAAGCACCGAACCCAAGAGGAAUUUAAAGAGCUUCACGAAAAGGCGUUUUCACUUCUUGCCAAUCACGUGUUGUCUAACAUGAAGAUAAGAAAGAGUGAACAGAGAAGGGAAGCGUUGCUGGCCAGGCUAAACGUGGACGCAGAUCAGCUGUUAGCGGCCCCAAAGCUUCAUGAGGUUAGUCCCGACAUUCUUGACUCCUUUGCUUCAAGAUCAGCGCCCGUGAUAGCUAGGGCACAGCAGUGUCACAACGAGGAAAUGCACAGACUCAAGCUACCCUGGUGGAAAAAGUUAUGGGACGAGGAGGAAGUGGAAGGGCCUCGAGAGAGACCAGGAAGUCAAGACGAGGAACAAUUAAAUUUUUGACAAUAAAUUUUUUGGUGGAAAAAUUAAAUAUAGACAAUUUUCUAUU